AUGUUUUGGAAAAACACUAGUUUUAUACUGGUGGCUUGUUGUUUGAUUGCUUCUUUACAAGGUUUGUUCUGUUUUUUUUCAAUUUUAUUGGAUGAAAAACUGACCCAAUUAACUUUGUUUUGUUCUAGCCGCCACCUUGGAUGAUAAAUGUUCACCAAGAUUUUUUGCGAAAGGUAUAAAGUAUGAGGAAGCUGUUGAAAUUGAUUUUUAUUAUACUGGGUACGUGGCAUAAUUGGAAAAAAAUCCAAUAAAAGAGUUGAUUUCAGAAUAAACCUUGGCUCGACUCGGGAUUGCGCUCGUUUCUGCGCUCAGCGUGAAUUUUGUCGCAGUGCUGUUUAUAACAGUCGCACUAGAACUUGUGGAAUCUCUUAUGAAUUCACAGUUCCUUGCGCAUCAAACCCUCAACGAUAUGAUGAUUUUGAAUUGAAGGGAAGAAAUCAAGGAGAUUUGAUUCAUAUUGCAUGUGUGGAUAGUUGCAAAAGCUCAUCAGCUGAUAAAAAUGACGGAGAACGAGUUCCGGUAAGUUGGGAACUUUUGGGAGAAAAAUUUCCUCACAUCUCCUGAUCCCUAUUUCCACUUCAGGUUGGAAUCAUUACUGGUGAACCAAACGACGGAAAAAUUGCAGUAAAAAUCACAGACUCUGUAAAAAAUAACGUGAUCACCGAUCCAUUAACAACCGAAAAACCACGUGCUGAAGGUUAUGUGACUCGUUUGAUUCUCGCUAAUAUUAGUGGACUACAAGAAGGUGGAGUUGGAUCGAUCGAACCAUUAACUCUCCAACAAAACGAUGAAAAUAAAACAUCUACAAAAGGUACAUUUAUUAUAACUCUCUUCUUCUUUUUUUCUUCAUCUCGCAUUCCAAUUCGUAAUUGUACAUAGUAAUUGACCGACGACAGUCAAUCAUGCUUGAUUGAAGUUUUGGGACAACAAUAAAUUGUUUUUUUUUUCUUGCAGGAAAUGCUAGUGGAAAAUCGCAAGUUUGCUAUCGAACAAUUCGACACAGAUAUUUGCUUGGCGCCACUUUUGAAGAGCACGAUGUUAAUUCAAUUAAUGAAUGUAGAUGUUUGUGUGCAGCUACAUAUAAAUCGAACUCGACACAAAAAUGUCAAUCGUUCCAAUACAAAGCUGGAAAAUGUUCGAUCAAUAAAGGAAACCAUUUGUUAGUAGUAUUUUCACAAAUUGAAUCUGAUAAAUUGAAAUUUUUUUUAGAGGCCAAUACGAUCUUAUCGAAAAACGCCGAACUGUCUAUCAAUAUGUUGAUUGUGAUAUUGAUGGUAAGAAUCAUAGCUGAUUGAUUUAUAAACUUGAAAAAUAAACUUGAAAAAUCUAAAAACAAAACAUGUUUCUAAAAAAAUUCACCACUGCUGUUGAAUUUAACACCAGUUUCAACCAAGAAAAAAUUACAGUUCUUCUCGAUGUUGCCUCAAACUUCUGUGCCAACUUCAAAGAAGAUGCUUCAACCCCAGCUCCAACAACCACACUUGCACCAAAAUCCACCACUAAGAAACCUGCACCAACUACAACCACCAAGAAGCCAGCAGCAAAACCCACAACAACCCAAAAAACAACUACCACAACUAAAAAACCAGCGCCAAAAGCCACCACACAGAAACCAAAACCAACACCAAAAGGUAAACCAACAAAGCCAGCCACAACUACCACAACUACAGUAACCCCAAAAACAACCACAGUAAGAGAAACUGGGGACGAUGAUGUUGUUGCAAGUGAUCUAAAUAUUGGUAAGCACAAUAUUUACAAUUGUUUGAUAAAUAAAAAUUUCCAGUUAAAAGUGGAUGCUUCGAAAUCAUCAAUGAUCAUUUGAUGGUCAGUGUUGCUGGAGGACUUGAACACGAUGUGACCAUCGAAGAAUGUCAAUGUAUUUGUGCCAACAGCAAGUAAGUCACAAAAAUAAAAUGCAUAUUUCGCAAUCUUCUCCUUGCUCCGCCCAUCAACACACAAAACAUAGCGUUUGCAAACACCCGUUCGCUGUCCGCUAGUAGUUUUAUGUAUAUACUCCCCCCUUCCACAAUUCUUCAGUUUUGCGCUGGGGCGAUAACGUGACCAAUGAGGCUUUGCCGAGGUGCGUUUAUUGCUGGUUGAAAACUUUUCCCAAUUGCCCGCGAUGGUCCCUGAAAUAUGGGUAUCAUACGCAAUUUUUGAACGACCCAAGGGGUCAGAAAUGUUGUAUUCUUAUAUUAUUAAUUUUCAGGAAAUCUGGAAAAUAUGAGUUCCAAUGUGCAUCUGCUACAUAUUAUCAUAUUGAAAGAGACUGUAUUUUGAAUUUAGAGGAUAGACAUAUGAAGCCAAAACUUUUCGAAAAACAAUUUGUGAACUUCAAUGUUUCUUAUAUUGGCACCACUUGUUCGACAGGUAUUAUUCAUAUAUGAUUGUUUAUCUCAAAAUAAAACUAUUUUUUCAGAGAAAACCUUGGAAAGCACAAAAGAUCUUGCUUCGAAAAAUUGCCGAAAAGAAUCUCCAACAACAACCACCCCAGUUAAUAAAAAAUCAGAGAAAAAGAAUGGAAAAAAUUCAGAUUCUUGUUUCAUCGAAUUGAAUGAUUUUGUAUUGGAAGGAACUGCGAUUGCUGUCGAAGUUACAGAUUCUCCACAAGAUUGUAAAUGCAAAUGUGCACAAGGAGAAAAAUUAUAUGGAGAAGAAUGUGCAUCUUUCCUUUAUUAUUAUGACAGUAAAACAUGUCUUAUAAAUAAACAAAACAGGUAUGUUUUAGAAAUACAAUAACUUGAAAAUAAUUUUUUAAAAACAUUACUUCUAGAUUCUCCAAUCCUGAAAAAUUCAACUUUGUUCCAAGCAUCAAUCAAACACGUAGCUAUUUUGAGUGGACUUGUGCUAACAAAGAUGAAGCUAGAAUCAAAUAUUUGGGAGAUGUUUGUCAAGUUCAAUCAGAUCCUGUUGAAGGAAAUCUAUUGAAUAAUGAUGCUGAAAAAAUUGAAACUGAUUCUGGAAGAGUUUUGAGACUCGAUGAGAAAGAUUUCUUGAAACGCAUUGAUGAAGUUGUUGAUCGCAAUGAAGUCAAAGUUGUGGAAAAGGUAAAUUUUAUAUCGGCCCCACAGAAAUAAUUUCUGAAACAAUUAAACCCAUAUUUUUCAGAAGUCCGAUAUCAAACCAAAGAAAAAUAUCAAGGAUGAUAUUUUGAAAAGAAUUCAAGACGCAGAAAAGACCUUGAGCACCAUGGUUUCGACGACUCCCUCAACAACAACAACCACCAAGAAAAUCACCCCAACAACCACCAAAAAACCAACAACCACAACUGAAAAGCCAACUGAAAAACCAAAAAUCACAACCAAAAAACCAAGAUCUGUCCCAGUCACAUCAACAACCACUCAAAAACCAAAAACUGAAGAUAGCACAAUUGUGAAAACCAAAAAAGUCGACGAAAAAACAUUACUCGAAAAAUUGAGUCAAGUCGUUGCCGAUGAGAAAGAAAAAGUUGCUUCCGCUUCAAAAUCGACAAAAUCGGAUGCUGCUACUGUUGAGAUGAAAAAAGUUAAUGAAAAAGAGAUUAUUCAGAAAAUUAAUGAGGCUAAUAGAUUAUUAGAAGCUUCAUCAACUGAACAACCAAAAACUACAACAACCGCUGAACUUAUCAUCAAUAAGAAGAAAACAACCAAAAGUUAGUUUGUUUUAUAUUUUUUGAAAAUUCAAAGAAAAAUCAAUAAUUUUAGAACCACCAGUCGUUUCUUCCCCAGCUGAUGAUAACGGUAAAAAUGGAACGGUUUCCAUGAAAACUGUAACCGCCGAAGAAUUGGAACAACUCUCCAACGCAAAAAUCGAUGAAACUCCAAGUGAACCAAAAAUUGUUGUUGAAGAAGGAAAUGUUGGAAUGAAACGUGUAUCAUCAGAACAAAUUAAAGCUUUCGAAAAAGCUGAAAUCAAGUCAUCAGAGAAAAAAGAGGAAAAAGAAAAGGUUACUGAAAAAAAGACAACCGGAAAAUAUACUAUUCCGGAAGCCGAAGGAAUGGAAGAUUCGAAUGAUGAGGAAACUGUUGAAGAGCAAAUCACAGAAAGUUUGAAUUCGGAGUUGAGUGAUGAAACAACACCAGCUUCUUCGGUUGAAACUACUGUAACAACUACAGCUGCACCAAUCACCACGUUAGUUUUUUGAGGGGGUUUCUCGAUAGUUAGAAAACCAACUUUAUAUAGAAAUAUUCAAAGACAUUUUUUCUGAGCUUGAUAUCAUUAUCAAUAUUUUAGAAAAUAAUAGACCCAACAAACAUUGUUGCAGAUCUACAAUCCAAUCAAAACCUCAAAAAUUCGACAAAAAAGUUGAUAAAGAAGGAAUGCCUCUUCCAAGAAUUACAACAACACCUGCCACCACAACAACAACUCUUGGUUAUCCACCAGCCGGUCGCUGUUCAUAUUCCGCUCUCUAUCAAACAUCUUUCCUAGGUAGACGUCUUCUCAAAACAGUUCACGUCAAAACUCCAGCUGACUGCUUUGCCGCCUGUUAUGCUCUGAGAUGUAGAUCAGCUAACUUGAUUGCUCAAGGAGGAUUGAAUAGUUGUGAAUUAUACAAAGAUUCAUUGAUUGAUUAUCGUCGUCCUGACAUGAUUGGAUAUGACGCGUCGACUGUUUAUUUCGAUGGUAUUAAUUGUGAUGGCUCACAGUGA